AUGACUGAGGAACUUGACAGAUAUAUCCCCACAUUCAUCACCACUAUACCCACUCAAGCAUCACUCCAAAUUUCUCCUGGGCCUCAAUCACACUUCUUCCAACCCUUUCCUCCAACCCAAGAGACUAGAUACCCUAUGCUUGGAUCCAUAGCAAUGAGAGAUGCGAUGGUACCACUAACCAUACUUUCCAGGACAGACCACCCUACCAAUACACAACAUUUCGCUACACCCAACUAUCACAUUUUAUACAGACAGAGCCAAGCCUCUUACAUGGCUUGCGCACACACUCAACAUUUGAAACAUACUGUACCACCCAUCUGCUUGAAACCAAUCUCCUAUCCAACCUUUUCAAACUUCUUCACAAUGCACAUAAAGAACACCUACCCACAUUUAGAACCUCUUGGGCCCAAACGUUGA